AUGGAAAUGUUUGCUGGGGAAGUCAACGAGAGCGACAAAGUGUUCAUGGACUUUGCUACCACUGUGGACGUGAUCAUUGGAGAUGCCGAAGCGCCAGCAAGUCUUCGCCAUGAAGUUCUUCAGUUGGCCAUCAUCUUCAUGUGUGGAAUCAACCAGUUGAGCCCAGGAGCCUACUUCCUACGACGCGACUUAUUCGGGUCCAUACUGUCUAUCAUGAAAGACCCAAAGACAGAGAUGUACACAUUCGAGGCUCUGCUUCUCCUCUCAUUACUCGCGAAUUUCCAUAAAUCUGAUGCGGCCAAGCUCAACCCAUACCUUCAACGAAUCGCAGAAACAACAGAUAUAGCUCUUAUGCGGAAUAUCUGUUGGGCAGCAAACUUUGCUACUGCCGCUACAAUCAAAGCGUACCAAGUAAUCUCAGAUGAUUCGCCGCCGACCAUGGCCUCAGCGUUUACCCCCCUCGUAGCGUCUCUGCGCCUUGAUCAUGCUUUGUCUUCGACACCAGUAGAUCCUCCACGGGAAUUGUUCAAAAAUCAACCCAUUGAGGCAUGUCUAGUCCUCUUGCCCGUUUUCGAGUUUCUACACAGCAACAGAACUUUCUUGGAUGUACUAUUGGAACCGAUGCUUACUGACACUGACAAUAAACCCGCGCCUACCUCCUCGUCGCCUCUGCCAUAUAAUUUGAUAACUUUAUCUUCAUAUUUAACAGCUCAUGCUACGUCGCUGUCUUCGCCUCGUGCCAUCGCUUAUGCAAAUCUCGCCCUGAGCAUCCUACUCACCUUCGUAGAGAAGGAAGAGAUUAUGCGACUCUUCUCACAGCCUAGCUUAACCGAUAUCAGAUUAUGCCGUCAGAGACUGCCUGUGCUUCCACUGACGUCUCCGCCUCGUCCGCCUGUAUGCGCUAUAUUGGAUUGCUGUGUUAUAUGGCUUCGUCACAAUUUACACAGACAGUUGGAGGUAUAUAUGUAUAUGUGGGUCCUUGAUAGUAAAUAUCACCAUUCUCAGCUAAUUGAUAGUAGAACUUGUGUACGGAUAUGCCAUCGCGUAUUGUGGUAUUUACAAAAAGAGAGCAUCCGCCUUGAGUACCACUGGCUGGAACUCUGGAAGGCCGUGUUUGGAUUGUUGGAUUUCCUGGUAAACAAGCUGGACAGCUUAGCUACUACAGGAGGCAUCCAAGUACUCGCACAGGAGACUAUCUUAUUGCUAGACUCUGCAUUCCGCAAAGCCGAUGACUUUCUUCCCGCACCUAGCGCUGUUCAUGCGUCCAUGUAUGAAUUAGUACGAUCUGCGCCCGCAUUGCGCAAGCUGAAAAUAAUGCUUCGAUCCUUGGCUGUGCCCAAUUCGUCGCUUGACGAAAGCCCGUCCAAUGCCCUAUCAAGACUCAUAGCUGCGGCAACAUAUUACGAAGAGAAGAUCGCAAGCGCUCAGUCUCGCACAGCCAGUCAAGCACUACGCGUUGUGGCAAAGAACAUCGAUCAGGAUGGUAUACACGGCCUAGAUCAUGAAUCACACACAGAGAACCCACCGUGA